GGUGGGAUUAGCAUUAGCCUCCCUGCAGGCUCCAGCUAUAAAAGCAGAUUGGAGGCAAGCAAUCUUGUUAAAGAUGGAGUCUAAAGCAUCCUCUUAAAGUGCGCCUCUGCAUCUGCCUCUCUGUGAAUUCUUCCUCACCUCAACACCAUCCACCUUAAUUACAACAUAUGCACUGUGGGUGUGCGUGUGAGUACAGGCGCGUACAGAGUGUACCUGUGACUAAUCUCCAUUCCUGAAUCCUGAUCGAUCUGGGAUAUUGUAUCGUGUGUCUAUAUUAUGAUGGGGAAUUGAGCCACAAGUAAUCUGAUUGGUUAUUGAGCAGCAGAGAGGAAAGGGGAGAUAGAAUGGAAGUGGAGAAUCAGUUGAAGAGCGGGAAUACGUGGGAAGGGUAUGUGGAUUGGAGAGGAAAGCCUGCUCUGAGAGACAGACAUGGCGGCAUGCUCGCUGCUUCCUUUGUUUUGGUGGUGGAGGUGUUGGAGAAUCUGGCGUAUCUGGCAAAUGCAAGCAACUUGGUGAUGUACCUUACGGACUACAUGAAUUUCUCGCCGUCUGGUGCGGCGAAUUCUGUGACGAACUUUAUGGGUACGGCGUUCCUGCUGGCUCUUCUGGGCGGCUUCCUAUCCGAUGCUUUCUUCACCACUUAUCUCAUCUACCUCAUCAGUGCACUGAUCGAAUUCCUGGGACUUGUAUUACUCACAGUGCAAGCACACUCAAGCUCCCUGAAACCAGCAAAAUGCAUCCCUGGCAGUCCAGAGGUUCCUUGUCAUCAGGUUGAUGGAGGAAAAGCUGCAAUGUUGUUCCUAGGCCUGUAUCUAACAGCACUUGGUGUCGGAGGCAUUAAGGGGUCUUUACCACCACACGGAGCCGAACAAUUGGAUGAGGACACACCGCGGGGAAGGAAGCAAAGAUCAACCUUCUUCAAUUACUUUGUGUUUUCCCUAUCCUGUGGAGCCUUAAUUGCUGUGACCCUUGUGGUCUGGAUCGAAGACAACAAGGGGUGGCAAUGGGGAUUCGGAAUCUCCAUGUUGACAAUAUUAUUGUCCAUUCCAGUCUUCUUAGCCGGUUCGAAAUUUUACAGAAAUAAGAUUCCUCUUGGAAGUCCAUUGACAACAAUUUGUAAGGUUCUGGUUGCUGCCAUACUAAACACUUGUAUGCCAAGAAGUUCAAGCAAUGCCAUUGCAAGUAUGGCAACAAGUCCUCCAACGCCAUUUGACGAUGGAGAAAUUGUACAAGGAAAUGACCAGGCAGGGAAGUCAUCGGUCGGAUCUCCAUCAGAAAGUCUCAAAUUUCUCAACAGAGCAGUGGUGAACAAGCCAGCAUUGGACAUGCUGAAAUGUUCGGUGCAGCAAUUGGAAGAGGUCAAGAUUGUCUUAAAAAUCCUCCCCAUCUUCGCCUGCACCAUAAUGCUGAACUGCUGUCUGGCUCAGCUCUCGACAUUUUCAGUCCAACAGGCUGCCACCAUGAACACAAAGCUCGGAUCCUUAAAAGUACCACCGGCCUCCCUUCCUGUCUUCCCAGUUGUCUUCAUCAUAGUUCUUGCGCCACUCUACGACCAUGUCAUCAUCCCAUUUGCACGCCGCGUCACAAAAUCUGAGAUGGGCAUCAGUCACCUCCAACGCAUUGGAAUUGGACUGGUCCUCUCCAUUGUGGCCAUGGCAGUGGCUGCAUUGGUUGAAAUCAAGCGUAAGCGAGUAGCCACAGAAUCAGGGAUGCUGGAUUCCCACAAGCCGCUGCCAAUCACAUUCUUCUGGAUCGCAUUUCAGUACUUGUUUCUUGGAUCGGCGGACCUUUUCACCUUAGCCGGUUUGCUAGAGUUCUUCUUCACAGAAGCACCAUUCAGCAUGAGAUCAUUGGCCACAUCCCUGUCGUGGGCAUCACUGGCGUUGGGCUACUACCUCAGCACCAUCAUUGUAUCAAUAGUGAACGGCGUGACGAGGCAUUACUCAACUCACAAACCAUGGCUCUCCGGCAGCAACCUCAAUCAUUACCACCUGGAGAGAUACUACUGGCUUAUGUGUGUGUUGAGCGGAUUGAACUUCUUGCACUAUCUCUUCUGGGCUACAAGGUACAAGUACAGAUCAACUGGAUCCAACUCCAGCAGCAAAUAAGUAACCUCACCACCCAACCAUAUAAUGAGCUAGGACUACACCAAUUUCAGGAUCCAGAGAGGUAACUACGCAUUAGGCCGGGGCUGUUGUAAUGUAUCAUGUAUGUAUAUAUAUACGCCCAAUGACCACUUAAUUUCUGGAUCUGGAUCCAGCACAGCAGAGAUCAGGAUUUAGCACUUCUGGUGUCAGUUUUUGUGUUGUACUAUUCUAUUAUGCCACGCUUCAUGGACUUAAUACUGAUAUCAGAUACGUAUGGUCA